AUGGAUAUCGAAUCCAAGCCGCACGUCUCACUGAUCGCAGCCGUGCAAACAUCCCAAAGCGGUGCCAAGGAACCUCUAGAGUCCUUUGGAUCCUCGAGAGAAUCAGAUAAGCAUAUUGAAGGCAACGCUUUGUUGAUAGACCGACUUGGCAAUGUCCGAAAGCUGCCUAUACCAUCGCAAGAUCCCAAUGAUCCUCUCAAUUUCCGGCCAAGGGAAAAGUGGGCUGUCAUCUUCAGUUGCUGCUGGUUCUCUCUGGUUAGCCUCGCACUUGCAGGUGGCUUAGGCUCCUUCUUAAGCGUGUUCUUCAAUAUGUAUAUGCCCCAAGGAUACGACGCACAACAUAUAGCCUACCUACUCACAAUACCGAAUCUUGCAAUUGGACUUGGAAACUAUAUCAUUCUACCCGUGUCGAUGGCAUACGGCCGCAGACCAGUAUUUCUUGCGUCGACUAUUAUCCUGUUCGUGGCAACGAUCGGUGCCGCAGUGCAGAGUGACUAUAGCAGCCAUCUAGCUACUCGGACUCUACAAGGGCUCGCAACUGGCGCGUCUGAGUCGCUAUUGCCUCUGAUGUUGACCGAAGUCACUUUUUUGCAUGAACGCGGUCGAAUCUUCGGCUUGUACUGGAUGAUACAAACCAUUUCCGCCGGUGUGUUCAACAUAUCAGCCAGCUACAUCAACGCCGACUUAGGAUGGCGUUGGUAUUAUUGGGUGUUUGCUAUCCUAAUCGGGAUAGGCCUUGUUGUAGCCUUCUUUUGCGGAUUCGAGACACGCUUUAGCCGGCCUGCGACAAGCAUCGACGGAGUUGUCAUCUUCACGGAUGAAUUUGGUGUUACGCAAGUUGUGCCCGACGAUCAAGCCCAGGAAUAUCUCGGCCAGGCCAACAGACAGGUGUCGCAAGAUGCACAGGAUGAGCCAGCUACCCGAACCAUGUACGUACAGAAACUGAUGCCUUGGUCAAAGCCACACUCACGACCUGCGUACAUUAUUCUAAUGUCAUGGGUACGCAUGGCACAAAGUUUGACGUCGCCAGCCAUUCUAUAUGUGGUUUUGGUCACAUCUAUCACGCUCAGCUGUGUGGUGGACAUGUCAUUGACUUACGAUACCGUCCUGCAGGCCAAAGGCUGGCUACCCAAAGACAUCGGUCUCAUCAACAUUGGGUCAAUUGUAGGCGGUAUACUUGGCUCAGCUUACUCUGUUCUGCUAGGCGAGCGUCUGGUACUUUGGAUGGCGCGGCGUGACCACGGCGUCCAUAAACCCGAGCAUCGCUUGGUAGUGCUGGUGCUGCCUGCAGUAAUUGCUGUGGGCAUGUUGAUCACAUAUGGCUUCACUGCCGGCGGCAAAACUAGCUGGUGGGGCCCUGUGCUUGCGUAUACUUUCUUCUCCACCACGUGGGUGACUGUUCUGAUCGUAUCUACGACAUUCGCUUCUGAAGCUAAUCCGAGACAUCCGGGUCCUGCAUUAGUGAUGGUGGUAGGCACAAAGAAUAUUGUCUCUUUUGGCUUCACAUAUGGUCUGAAUCCCAUGUUGGACAAGGGCGGAUACUCAUAUGCAUUUGGAGUCUUAGCUGGCGUUCUUGCGGCAUGUUUCGUUUUAGGAAUUCCCGUGUAUUAUCUCAACCCGAAGUGGCGAGCGUAUAUUAGUCGCGCAGGAAAGCAAAGAGGUGUAGUCUUGACUAACGAAGAAUGA